GGCUGGUCACAUGAGCAGAGAUCUGUUUACAAACCCAAGGCAGAGCAGAGCCAGAGCAAGGGGAGGAAGGGGAAGGCAGACAGCACACUCUCUCCCUCUCUCUCUGUCUCUCUCUCUCUUUUAGCAACCAUUGUGGAUUGAAAGUGGAAGAGGGGAAGCCUGCCAUGACAAAGCCAGCUGGAGGAGCAGAUGGUUAGAGGGAGAGUAGGAUCCCCCCCCCUACCCCCCUGCACAGACACACACACAAACACCCACUCACCAGCAAACACUAAACCCCAGCUAGAGGACUGUUGUUGACUGUAUGGAGCUGUCCUCACUUUGUUUGGGUUUUGAGGGAAGUACAUCUCUGCCUCCUGCACUGAGGUGGACUGCCCACUGCAAGAUCAGAGGACUGGAGGAGGAGACAACAGACGAGAGGAGAGGGGGAUGAGACUUGUGAAAAUCCUCUGUUAAAAAAGCAGCUUUGGGAGGAAGACAAAGCGCAGACUUAAUGCCCGAUAAUUACCUUCAUUGGACAAGGACUGUCAUUUGGAUCGGUGGAUGUCACUGGAUCUGGUAAAGGGGAGACACUGCAGACGCAGAGUGAGGACAGAGGUUUCGUUUUCUGCUGGAGAUAUUUCUUUGUCCCCUUCUUGGCUCUCCUGUGAUGACAUCAUCCUCGCUGGGAUCCAGGAGCACAUGAGGUCUCCAGUCCUGGUCCAAACCCCGGUCCCAAAUCUCCCAAUCUUUACACGGAGUGCUUAAUCCAGAUUUGGGAAUGCUGGGCAGUUCAGACUUCUGAGCCAACAUAACCACACCUCCCGAGGAUUUGUGUGAAUCUGGGCAAAUCUGAAAAUCUUGAUGGUGGUUUUGUCGCUGGAGUUCACACAGCCCGACAAAAGAGGGAUCCAGCUCAGGGUGAAUUCGGGCUCCAAGCAGAUUCAGUGUCCGGAGCUCCAGCCCACAGUCUUGGCUCCAUUCCAGCCUUCUCCUGACAGGGCCUGAAUUUACUGCUGCUGCCCUGGGAGUCAAAUUUCAUGCAACCAUUCCAAUGGUGUAACGGAUGCCUGUGUGGUUUGGGUUCUCAGCGCUCUGAACACUACUGCAGCAUGACGUCUGAGAUCUAUCACCUCCCGCUCAAUGUCUAUGUCAUUGUGCUGGGCAUCGGCCUCUUCGUCUUCAUGCUCAGCCUCAUCUUCUGUUGCUACCUUUUCAGGCUGAAACAACAGGGAACGAGGGAGCAGUUCAGCUACAAUGAGGUGGUGCUGAAGGGUGCAAGCAAGAAACUGAGCCUUCUGGGACAAACCUGUGCAGUGUGUCUUGAAGAAUUCAGGACCAGAGAUGAACUGGGAGUUUGUCCAUGCUCCCAUGCAUUUCACAAGAAGUGCCUGCUUAAGUGGCUGGAGAUCCGCAGCGUGUGCCCCAUGUGCAACAAACCCAUCCUCCGGCUCCACACAGAGGCUCCCCAGGGCGCUGAAAGUCCAAUGGACCCAGAGGAGGUGUGAGUGAAUCAGGGGAAGAGACCAGACUCCCCCUUACACAAAACACACAUAUUAAAUCCACUAGGGACGAUGGGCAGUGGUCAUCUUUUAAGACAUCUCACAGGAAAUGUUGAUAAUGAUCCCAGGCCUUGCUGCUGACUAUUGAGCAAUAUGCCUUGGUGGAAAUUGGAUAUUGACAGCACCAAGAGGGUUUGGUCAGAUCAGUCAGGGAGAGGGUGGAGGAAUAGGAUCUUUUCAUAAAAAAUGCUCCUAGUUCUACUUCCAUAUUGCACUGCUCACCCAAAACAUGACUGGAAAAAGGAGCCACUUUAGAGCGCACGACAUCAUCGCCAACUGUCACUGGACGACGAGUGCGGCACUGCCAGAGACAAACAACACUACAGGCAUUCAGCAGGACAUCAUAGUACAGGAUUAGUAUGGAUACCUCUAAUAUCUCAGGGGUGUAACCAAUAUAGCCAGCACAAACCAUAUCAGUCACCCUAUAACCCUGUGCCACACAUGCAUCUUCUUCAGUACUGCCAACGUAGGUGAAACACUCCGGAUGAAACCAAGACCAGCAGGACAACAACCACGACGAUUUAGGUAGAAGACAUUGUUACCGAUUGUGACCCAGGCCCUUUCCCUAAAAGAGAGACUAAUAGAAAACUAGUCUUGCCUGUAUGUAUUGUAUGUAAACGUGUCCCUAUAUAUAUUGUUAUUUUGUAUUUGUUGCUUUUAAAAUAAAAUGUCACGUAAUGUA